CUUUCGCAGCGUGUGGACUCCAGCUCCCAACAGCCUCUGCGAAGGAAGCGGAUUACACCAGCGCUCUCGGUGCAUUGUGGGGGAACCGGCAGCGUGGAGUGGAGGAGGUUCGAGCCGUGAGAGCAGCUGUUGGCUGAAGAAGCUUGGGAGCAAUGACGGAACGGAAGGGGACAGCUAAAGUGGACUUCUUGAAGACAAUUGAAAAGGAAAUCCAAAAGAAGUGGCAUGAUGAGGGAGCAUUUGAGGUUAACGCAGCAGAUGCUGCAAACCACAAAAGCAAUGGCAAGUACUUUGCCACCUUUCCGUAUCCAUACAUGAAUGGCCGGCUUCACCUAGGACACACGUUUUCCGUAUCCAAAUGUGAGUUUGCAAUUGGGUACCAGAAACUAAAAGGAAAAAGCUGCUUGUUCCCUUUUGGACUACAUUGUACAGGCAUGCCCAUUAAGGCAUGUGCAGAUAAGUUGAAAAGAGAAAUGGAGCUAUAUGGCUGUCCACCAGAAUUCCCCGAUGAAGAGGAGGAGGAAGAGGAAGUGCCAAAGGGGGAAGAAGUGGUCAUCAAAGACAAGGCUAAAGGCAAAAAGAGUAAGGCUGCUGCCAAGGCUGGCUCUUCAAAGUAUCAAUGGGGGAUCAUGAAAUCUUUAGGUCUCUCUGAUGAAGAAAUAGUGAAAUUUUCAGAGGCUGAACAUUGGCUUGAUUACUUCCCACCCUUGGCUAUUCAAGAUUUAAAGAGCAUGGGACUGAAGGUAGACUGGAGACGUUCCUUUGUCACCACUGAUGUCAACCCCUAUUAUGAUUCUUUUGUACGAUGGCAAUUUCUAACUCUGAGGGAAAGAAAUAAAGUUAAAUUUGGGAAUCGAUACACCAUUUAUUCUCCAAAAGAUGGACAACCAUGCAUGGAUCAUGACAGGCAAACUGGGGAGGGUGUUGGACCUCAAGAAUACACACUAAUCAAAAUGAAGGUGGUUGAACCUUAUCCUGUAAAGCUAAGUGGCCUUAAAGGAAAGAAUAUCUUCCUAGUAGCUGCAACUCUGAGACCGGAGACCAUGUUUGGGCAGACUAAUUGCUGGGUUCGCCCUGAUAUGAAGUAUAUUGGCUUUGAGACCCUGAAUGGGGAUAUUUUUGUUUGCACACAGAGAGCUGCCAGGAAUAUGUCCUACCAGGGCUUUACAAAAACUAAUGGUGUAGUUCCUGUCGUGAAGGAGCUGAUGGGAGAGGAGAUCCUUGGAGCUGCUCUCUCUGCCCCUCUAACAUCCUAUAAAGUCAUCUACACUCUCCCUAUGUUGACUAUUAAAGAAGAUAAAGGCACUGGAGUUGUCACAAGUGUCCCGUCUGAUUCCCCAGAUGACAUUGCAGCCCUGAGAGACUUAAAGAAAAAACAGGCACUUCGAGCAAAGUAUGGCAUUAAAGAUGAAAUGGUCCUGCCAUUUGAACCAGUGCCCAUCAUUGAGAUCCCUGGCUAUGGCAACCUUUCUGCUCCGUUGAUCUGUGAUGAGCUGAAAAUCCAGAGUCAAAAUGACAGAGAGAAACUUGCAGAAGCCAAGGAAAGAUUAUACCUGAAAGGAUUUUAUGAGGGAAUAAUGCUCGUGGAGGAAUUCAAAGGCCAGAAGGUGCAGGAUGUCAAGAAGCUUAUUCAGAGGAAGAUGGUAGACAAUCAUGAAGCAAUGAUUUAUAUGGAGCCAGAGAAACAAGUCAUAUCUAGAUCUGCAGAUGAGUGUGUGGUGGCUCUUUGUGACCAAUGGUACUUGGACUAUGGUGAAGAAAACUGGAAGCGACAAACUUCUGAAUGUUUGAAAAAUCUUGAGACGUUUGGUGAUGAGACACGAAGAAAUUUUGAAGCCACUCUGGAUUGGUUGCAAGAACAUGCCUGUUCAAGGACAUACGGAUUAGGCACACGUUUGCCUUGGGAUGAGCAAUGGUUAAUCGAAUCUCUCUCCGAUUCCACUAUCUACAUGGCUUUCUAUACGGUUGCUCAUCUCCUCCAACAGGGUAAUCUCCGUGGACAAGGACAAUCUCCAUUAGGAAUCAGGGCAAACCAGAUGUCCAAAGAGGUGUGGGACUACAUCUUCUUUAAGACAGCGCCAUUCCCAGCAACAAAGAUCCCCAAAGCAUCUUUGGAUAAACUGAAGCAGGAGUUUGAGUAUUGGUAUCCAGUGGAUCUGCGUGCUUCUGGCAAGGACCUUGUUCCGAAUCACUUGUCAUACUACCUUUAUAAUCACGUGGCCAUGUGGCCAGAUCAAAGAGAAAAAUGGCCAGUAUCUGUAAGAGCAAAUGGGCAUCUCCUCCUAAAUUCAGAGAAGAUGUCUAAAUCUACAGGCAACUUUCUCACUCUGUGCGAAGCUCUGGAUAAGUUUUCUGCUGAUGGCAUGCGGCUGGCAUUGGCUGAUGCAGGUGAUACUGUUGAAGAUGCAAACUUUGUGGAAGCUAUGGCAGAUGCUGGCAUCCUCCGUCUGUAUACCUGGGUGGAGUGGGUGAAGGAAAUACUUGCUAACUGGGACAGUUUGAGAAGUGGGCCUGCCACCACCUUCAACGACAGAGUUUUUGCCAGUGAAAUGAGUGCAGGCAUCAUGAAGACAGAUCAAAACUAUGAGAAGAUGAUGUUUAAGGAAGCUCUGAAAACAGGCUUUUUUGAAUUUCAGGCAGCAAAAGACAAGUACCGUGAACUAGCUAUUGAAGGAAUGCACAGGGACUUGGUGCUCCAGUUUAUCGAAUCUCAGACUCUCCUGUUGGCUCCAGUCUGCCCUCAUGUGUGUGAACAUAUUUGGGCAUUGCUGGGCAAGACUGACUCCAUCAUGAAAGCUUCCUGGCCUGUGCCUGGCCCUGUGGAUGAAAUCCUGAUCCGUUCUUCCCAGUACCUCACAGAAGUAGCUCACGAUCUCCGUCUGCGCCUCAAAAACUACAUGGCACCAGCUAAAGGAAAGAAAGGCAACAAAGAAGCACCCCAGAAACCAUCCCACUGUACCAUUUACGUGGCCAAGAACUACCCCCCGUGGCAGCACACUACGUUGUCUGUUCUGCGCAAGCAUUAUCAGAUCAAUGGAGGACAACUACCAGACAAUAAAAUAAUUGCCACUGAACUCAACUCCUUGACAGAACUGAAGAAAUACAUGAAAAGGGUUAUGCCUUUUGUUGCUAUGAUCAAGGAGAAUCUGGAGAAGAAAGGGCCACGUGUUCUUGAUCUGGAGCUGGAGUUUGAUGAACGGGCCGUACUCAUGGAGAAUAUAGUCUACCUGACAAAUUCCUUGGAGCUGGAACAUAUAGAAUUGAAGUUUUCUACUGAGGGAGAUGAGAAAAUCAAAGAAGAUUGUUGUCCUGGAAAACCAUUCUGCACAUUCAGAGUAGAACCUGGUGUGUCUGUUUUUCUGGUGAAUCCUCAACCAGCAAAUGGCCACUUUUCUACAAAAAUAGAGGUCAGGCAAGGAGAUGGCCGAGAUGCAAUAAUCAGGCGCUUGAUGAAGAUGGACAGAGGAAUCAAAGAUCUUUCCAAAGUGAAACUAAUGCGUUUUGAUGACCCUCUCCUGGGUCCACGUCGUGUUCCUGUGCUCGGUAAAGAAGAUGCUGAGAAAUCUCCCAUUUUAGAUCAAGCUGUCUUUCACAUAGACCUUGCUGAAAAGCGGGUUCGUCUCACUGAGAAUGGACGAACAACAGAUAUUGGGGAUACGCUAGUCUAUAUCGUUAAUUAGAUUUUUGCACCGAGCUGCGUUAGCCCAUUUAUGAAUGUUUUAAAUAACAUGAACAACUUUCAAGCGAUCUAGUGGACCACAACAAAUUUAAUUUCUAGCUUGGGGAGGGGAAGGAAACUUAAUCUUGCAUGUAGAUCAGGGUCCUUAAUUUUUAAAUGUGGUAUAAUAAAUAUAUUUUCCAUG